ACUCUAUUUUUUACAGGUUCAGAUAGGUGACUCCCCACUCUACAAAGUUGGAAAAAAGCUGGGGAAGGGUGGAUUUGGGCAAGUUUUUGUUGGUGAACGAAUUUCUACUAUAACUCCAAGCUCGAGGAGUAUAAAUCCAAGCACGAGGAAAGCUCCUCAAGCCAAAGAGGUAGCCUUAAAGUUUGAAUCUCAAAAUAGCAGAGGAUGUGCAUAUGGUCCUCCAAAUGAGUGGCAGAUUUACAAUAAACUAAAUGGAAGCCAUGGUAUACCUCAAGUAUAUUACACAGGAUUAAAAGAAGGGUACUACAUCAUGGUCAUGGAUAUGCUUGGACCAAACCUGUAUGAUAUUUGGAAAAACAUGAACCAUCCAUUUCCAAGUGCUAUGGUUUCUUGUAUUGCUGUUGAGGCUAUCUCUAUUUUGGAGGGUAUACACUCUAGAGGUUAUGUGCAUGGAGAUGUGAAGCCUGAGAACUUACUGAUGGGUGUUCCAGGGACACCUAAUGAGAAGAAGUUAUUUCUAGUAGAUUUUGGAUUAGCAACAAAAUGGCAACUUUCCAAUAGUGAACAUGUUAAGUAUGACCAGAAACCAGAUGUAUUCAGGGGAACAAUUAGAUAUGCUAGUGUCCAUGCUCAUUUGGGGAGAACUGGCAGUAGAAGAGAUGACCUAGAAUCUUUAGCUUAUAGUCUUGCUUUCCUCUAUCGCAGUGGUCUCCCAUGGCAAGGUUAUGGGGAAAAUAAUAAAAACUUUCUUGUUUGCAAGAAGAAGAUGGAUACUAAUCCAGGAAUCCUUUGUAGCUUAGAACCUUUGAAACAAUUUCUUGAGCAUGUAGUGAAUUUACAGUUUGAUGAGGAGCCCAAAUAUGCAAAAUAUAUAUCCUUCUUUGAUGAAUAUGUUGGUUCAAAUCGUGAAGUGAAGCCAAUAGAUAUUUCUGGUGCGCUAAAGGUCACUAAAAAAAGAUGCCGGCCAAGUUCAGACGUUGCAAAUGAUGGUGAUGCUCCACUGCCCCGAAAGAGAGUUCGUACGGGGCUACCUAUAGAGCAAUGGAUCACUAUUUUUUAUGCUCGACGCCCCAUGAAGCAAAGGUUUCACUAUAAUGUUCUGGAUGAGAAGCUGCAAUCUCAUAUUAGUAAAGCCUACACUGAUGGUCUGUACAUCUCUUGUGUGACAUCUAAUCCAAUGAUGUGGGCUCUUAUCAUAGAGGGUGGGACUGGUUUUACGGCUCAAGUUUAUUUACUCUCUCCACUUUUCUUUGACAAGGACUGGAUAGUAGAAAAGUGGGAUCAACAGUAUUAUAUUACUGCAGCUGGAGGAAAGCGUAACGGACAAUCAUUGGUAUUCAUGUCUAAAGGAACUCCAUUUUUGCAGCAGUCUUAUAAAGUUUCUGAUUCAUUUCCCUUCAAGUGGAUAUCUAAGAAGUGGAAAGAAGGUUUCUAUAUAACCUCCAUGGCGACAGCCGGAAGCAAAUGGGGAAUCGUAAUGAGUCGUUGUACUUCGGGUUUCUAUUCACAUCAGGUUGUCGAACUUGAUUUUCAGUACCCAAGUGAAGGAAUCCACAGGAGGUGGGGAGAAGGAUACCUUAUCACAGCUGUUGCCUCGACUCCUGAUCAAACGGCUAUUGUUCUUAGUGUUUGUGCAGAUCGAAGAAACAGUGAUACUCAAGAGACUCUUCGAACAGCUCAUUUUCCUGGGGCACACACGAAGGAAAAAUGGGCAAAACACUUGUAUAUCUGUGCAAUCAGCUAUGGAAGGACAACUUGCUAGGCUGGAGUAUGAAGCUCCAACUAUACACUGCGUUUUGGACAUAUUGUUGCAAACUAAUCUCUUCAAGAAACAAAUUUGGUACAAAGGAUGGAAUCAUGGCCAAGUGCAGUUGAAUAGAUAGAGUAUAAAUAAUACUCUCAUUUUUGUUAGCCCUAGCUUGGGUUCUGAAUUCUGACUGUUGUACAUUUCAAAAGACUACAGUUUAGUCCUUUUGAUAGUUGACUACACACAAACUUCGUCCAUCUUUUGUGUGAUUGGCAACUUAUAGAGGUAUUGGGAUCAUCGGAUCAAUUUCGGGUCGGUUCAAAUCAGUUCUUGUAUCCAUAUUGAUUUUUUCAUUAUUUUAAAUUCAUUAUGAAGCCGAGUUAAGUCGAGUUCGGUUUUAAAAUAUCGGAUCAUUGAGUAUGUUUCGAACAACUCUACCAACUUAUGAAGAAUGAUUCUAAUAGAAUUUUA